AUGGGCAAGAAACGCUCUAGAUCUCGCUCACGAUCUCGUUCAAGAGAAUCGAGACGUAAGAAAGAGGAUAAAUGGGAGAAAUUACAAGCUCGCGUAGAUAACCUCACAAAGGUGGUUGAAAUGCUGGCAAAUGUUCAACAAGAACAAAGAUCAGCAGUUAAUUCUCAUGUAGAUUCAGGCCCGCCUAUUGUUACAUCAGAUGCUGAGAAAGACAAAAACAUUGAGUCUGACUCUGGGAAGGUCAUGACUGAAACGCCGGAAAAACCGGUGAUGGAGCCAACUGAUGCUGAAUCUAAAGCAUCGGAUCAGUUAGAAGUGGGAAAAUGGAAGAUCGAGGGUCUUCCAGAGAAAAAUAAAAAAGAGAUCUUAGAGUCAUACAAGAGAAAAGGUGAUUUUUAUACUGAAGCACUAAAACUAAAUUUGGAAAUAAUUCCUCUUCUUAGCGACAUAGCUAAGAAAAGAGAUGAACAUUUUGCCGAAACUCAAAAUUGCGUAGGCACGGCAUUAUGUGCUUUAGGUGCUGCAGUAUCUCUGUUAUUAGAUCAACCAGAAGAAGGUGUUGACGAGGACGCUCUGACUAAUUACAUAAGUCAUAUGGGCCAGAUCCUUACAGAUGUGUUUUACCAACAAUCGGUGGCGAGGAAGUCGUACAUUACUUCUCAGUUAAACAAAAACAUCAAACCGAUGGUGGACACAAUGUUAUCAAAGGAAUGGCUUUAUGGUGAUGACCUUAAGGAAAAGGUCAAAGAUGUCAAGGAGAUAGAGAAAGCUUGUGCUAGUAUUAAAGACAAACCGACACCAAAGUUGACAACUAAACAUCAGAGUCAGGGAAAUGGGAGACGACGACCGUCGGAAUACCGUCAGGUGGGCUACAACCAAAGAUCCCGUGCAUCGAGGUUCAAACCGAGGACACACAGGUCCUAUCAACAGCAGCCGUACACGCAGCAGUCCAAGACAACAUCGAAGACGACGAGCCAAUCAUCGUUGAAGAAAUAAGACAGGAGUCAUCCGCUAGCGUUCCACCUUUCAUUGGUGGCAGGAAAGUUAUCAGGACGGCAUACAUAAAUAAAGGAGUUCCAGAAGAAACAGCGGAUGUCAUGGUGGGUGCCAUAACCGAGUCAACUUUAAAGCAAUACAAUUGCAGCCUGAAGCGCUGGUGGAUUUUUACACACCGCAACAACAUCAACAUGUAUAAUGCUAAAACUACAGACAUCAUUAGAUUUUUGUCAGAAGUCUUUGAGGAAGGAGCUCAAUAUAGCACAUUAAACACAGCUCGGUCUACAAUAGCAUUAAUAUCAGCUUAUGAUAUUAAUGAAGAUGGUUUAAUUACACGAUUCUUGAAAGGGGUUUUUAAAAAGAGGCCUACAAAAUCUAGGUACAACACGACGUGGGAUGUCACACCAGUUCUUGAGUACAUGGAGAAAAAACAUCCUCUGAAGGAUUUAAAAAUUAAAGAUGCGGCAGAAAAAGUUGCAACUUUACUGACACUGACAACGGGCCAAAGGCUUCAAACUUUAGCCCUAAUAAAUAUAGAUAAUAUUGAGACAUCAAAGUCUGGCAUAAAAAUAAAGAUUCCAGAUCAAAUAAAAACUACCAAGCCUGGCGGUUUUCAACCGGAACUAGUUUUGCCAUUUUUUAAGAAUAAACCAGGUCUCUGUGUAGCAUCGGCAGUCUACCUGGAUUAUACCAAGGAGCGAAGACAGAAAGAAACAAAUAAUUUGUUUCUCUCGACUAUGAAACCUUUUAAAGAGGCCUCAUCGCAGACUAUUAGCCACUGGAUCAAGGCCUUACUAGGUAAAGCAGGAGUUGAUGUCAAAAAGUUUACGGCGUACAGCACGAGACACGCUGCAGUGUCAACUGCUCAUAAGCGUGGGGUCGACAUAUCAGUUAUAAAGUCCUGCGCUGGAUGGUCUCCAAGCUCUCAGACCUUCUUUAAGUUUUACAAUCGCCCAGUAUUGGCUACAAACGACCAGUUUGCUAAGGCAAUUUUAGAAUAGAU